AUGAGUACUGCAACAUCUCCAAUAAUACCAAUAAUCGAAGAUAAUCAGAAAAAAUUGUCAGAUAAUAGUUUCACCACAAAUUCAAACAGAUCUCGAGAGAUUUAUGAGCCUUCAGAGAAUAGCGACUCGAGUUAUAUAGAUUGUAGCUCACAGUCUCCUAUAAAAAAGCUUGUUUACAUGCAUAAGCUUGAUAAUAUAAAAAGAAUAUUACCGAUAACAUUUAGAUGUUCUUAUAGUCAUGUGGUAGCUAUUAUUGAUGCAUUUGAGAUUCAAAUCAAGAAACCUAGUGAUCCAGAGCAUCAAUCAUUAACUUGGUCAGAGUACAAAAAGUGUAAUACUUUAAAAUAUUUAAUAUCUUGCACACCGGAUGGCUUUAUCAAUUUCAUCUCAAACGGAUUUGGAGGUCGAACUUCAGAUGAAUUGUUAUUUCAGGAAAGCGAAAUAGUAGAAGAGUUACCCGAAGGUUGUGCUGUAAUGGCUUAUCGAGGAUUCAAGAAUAUUGUUCAGCUUCUUGACAAUAAAAAGAUUGAAUUAAUUCGAACACCUUUAGUGAGUGCUGGAGUUAAAUUAUCACAAUCCAAUGUUUUACAAGGCAAACGAAUCGCUGCUCUACGUAUUCAUAUAGAACGCGUGAUUAGACGAAUGAGAGAGUUUGAUUUUCUCAAACCUCAUGCGGUUGUUAAUCAUAAUAUGUUACCUUUAACAGACUAUAUUGUUAUCAUCGCAGCAGCACUAGUGAAUUUACAAACACCUAUAAUUUCAAGUUAA